AUGAACGAGGAUUCGACCCUACACUUUACGCCGCCUUUGAAGCCGGUGAGCAGAGCAAACUCAAUGGACCCUAUCCCACAACCAGUAAAAGUCCCCGUGGAGGAUUUUUUUAUCCCACCACCGGGGCUAGUGCGGAGGUCAACAUCAAAUUACAAGAACGAGAUGUCCAAGGCAAAGCUUCGCAGGCAAGGAAGCGCAGGAUCCAAGGAAGAGGAGAAAGCAAUAUUUGACCACAUGUCGCCUCAAAAUCUCAAAAGAAGGUGCUCCACCGAGCUGAACAGUGCGCUCCCAAAUAUGGACCCAAGCUCAACCACAAUUGCAGAGCGCAAUGGGGUUGAGUUUACAGGUCAUACAAAGAAUAAUUCUCUGUUGGAUCAGGUUAAGGAAAAGGGAGAACACAUGUACAAUAAAAUUCACGACAAAUGGGAAAACCGAUUUGAAUUUGGAUUGAAGAGUUGCGAUGAGUCUUCCGCAUCUGUCAACGCACCCAAUUCAGAUGAAGAAGAAGAUCCGUUGACCUCAAGGAAGGGCAGUUUUGAUUUUAACGAGUAUAAGGGAGUAAUGUACAAAAAGGGGAAAUAA